UUUAAAGUAGUUACCUGGUACUGUAAUUUUCGAUUAAGAAGAGAAGCAAUGGAGUUCAGAGUGACGAUUUUUGUUUGCGCCUUCCUCGCCGUAGUUUCCGCUCUCCCUGAUGACAGAAACUUGCGGGAAAAGCGUGACGUCAUGGAGUCCAUCAAGAACGCAUGGGGAGAGAUGGUGAGGACUCUCAGCGACGCAGGAGACGCCGUCGUCCACGUGUUCAAGCCCACGGAGAAGAGUGUCAUCGACAAAAUGGCUGACGGGGUCAAGGGCCUUACGCAAUAGUCCGGUUAUAACCACUUACCAUAAAUAGUCGCCAACUGGUUAUACAGCUAUCUCAUUCCUUAAAGCAUGUAUUGAUAAGGAGGCCAAUAAUUUAAUAGUAUUAUGAACAGAUUUUUUAUAAUGCUGAAUCAGUGCGUUUAGUGUGGGUUGCAUCAUAUUACUAAAACCAUUUAAAAUGUUAUAUGCCAUGUCCACCGAUACUGUAUAUUCUCUCACGUAACGAAUAACUAAGGCUAUGGUGCAAUUCACACUUAUUUUUGCAAAACUCGAAUCGUAACAAUUAUGUAAUUAUUGUUGUUCAUAAUCGCCUAAAUGCACAAAGCAAUACCUACCUAACUAAGGUUUUUCUAUAUUACUUAGAUAUAGAGAUAUAGCUAUUAAUUAAUUCUGAGCUCGGGUCGUUAGUUUGUAAUUUUGCUAGAAAGUUAAACUGACAGCAAUUUUAUA